UGAUGAUGAUGAUGAUGAUGAUGAUGAUGAUGAUGAUGAUGAUGAUGAUGAUGAUGAUGAUGAUGAUGGCGACGGUGGUGGUGGUGUUGAUGAUGAUGGUUGUGGUGGUGAUGAUGGUGAUGGAGGGAAGGAGAAGCUACCCGCACAGCCUCUGAACCCCACCUCACGUCCGGUCGGACGGAUUGCGGCCGAUGCUGCACAAGUCUGCCUCACUAUAAACCAGUUCUCGGGUAAGUCAACGUUGCCGCGCCCACCAUCCCGUAGGGCAUUUAGUGGGCGUCGCUGUCUGCGGUGGUCGGACUUUCGGAGGCGGGGGGAGGGGGGCUGUGCCGGUAAUUCCGAUAAUAUCGCAAUCUGUGCGAUGCCCAAUUUUAAGCAGAUGCACGCAUACAAAGGGCUCGGACCCCUUUUGGCGAAUUAACCUGUUCCUAUCCAGUGAAAUAGCAUAUCCACAGAUGUCGGGCAAUGUUUUAUGGCCUUCGGAGCAUUCACAGAAUGCAUAUUGUUAUUUUUUUUCUCUGUAGGUCUCAGAGAGCCAUAUCAAGUGGGCUAACUACGGGUCCGGUGGAGGCCACUGAAGACGAGGAGAAUGUGUACACAUCGGAAUUUGUUCUUGUCUAACGCGGCUUGCUGCCUCCCCUUCCCUGUUGUCUCCUGACCAACUUGCCCUCCUCCCCGGUAUUCCGUUGUUUUACGUCGUUUUGGUUUUUGCUUUCCCCUUCUGUGUACAGAAUUCCGUCUGAUCCCCCCCCCCCUGCCUCCCGCCCUUGUGCACAGGCACUCCUCUUUGUUCUCUCGUUAGCAGCAUUCUUCUCCUCCUCCUCCUCCCUCCUAUCACCAUUUUUUCUCCACAGCCAAUCGAUUUCGGCUCAGCGUAGAACCUGAAAGCCGACCCGUCUCCCUCCGAACAAUCAGAAGGUGGUGGCUGUUGCAUAGUCUUCAGCGCGCAGCCUCCCCGCACCAAUCACAUCCGUCUGCGGUGCGCCGGCGUUGGUGACGGCGCCAGUCGCGUGGACCGCCCAAGCGUGUCUCUCCCCCCCAUCCCAACCCCUUCUUGUGUACAGUUUAUACACUCAGUUUAAUUUGAUAUUUCGCCACCAACCCUCGUCCCUCCCCUCUGUUUCCCUACCUGAACCUGGUAAUUUAAUUAACCUUGAUCCAAGUGUCUUCACGCAACGUGAUAUAAUACUGCUGCAUACGAAGUACUCUUACGGUCGGCGUUAACUUCUAGAGUUCCGCUGCGACCUCGCUGGCCGUGUGCUCUUGAUUUUCACGUGACUGUUUCACGUCUGACUUAGGUGACCUCAACUAUGGGGCCUAUAGGCAGGGGCGAAGAUCUUGAGAACUUAGCCCAGUUCUCUUAUCCGGCAGCGAGGAUCCACUACCGGAGGUCCAGGAACCACAUGGAUGUAUUGACAACUUGUGCCAAAUAAGGUUUGGGGCUGACCUCUUUGUUGCGUCUUCGGAAACAUUUUCAGUAAGGCUUCUGUACUGAACUCGUCCGGCCGGUAAUGAAAACCGUGUCCCAAGCCACCUUUUGGAUGGCUUAGGCUAGCCACCCCCGCGCGAGGCUGUCACAGCGAGAGGGGCAGUCUCAUGCUCGCCGUUGUGCAGCGUAAGUUAUGGCGAUUGGGUCUAUAGGUCGAACGCUUCCCUGCGAAUAGCACCGGUGUGGUCCUUACUCUGUACGUUUGACAGAAGCAUUUCCUCUAGGUACUUGGAAUCACCCACCUCCCCCACUUUAGGGGGCGCCAGUCUGUAGGGAGGGGGGCCGUCUUCCGGUCAGAGGUGCAGCUCGAAAAUUGGGUUUUUGCAGCACUGGUGAAUACACUGAGGCGCAGUUCAGCGCACUUUGCCGUUAUCAGGACGACAUCGUCGGCGUGGUUGAGGCUGGUUGGCCAUCGUCCCGAUGCGGACUCUAUACCGCCGCGGCAAAAAACCCACAAACACACCUACUGAACAAACAUCAGUACGUAGGGUAGCUGUGAAGUAAGCCUGUGGCCGCCUAUUUGACCCCUGCCUUUGUUUCUAUCGAAGCAGGCCUCUGUUGCAUCUGCUUCACGCCCUGUCUGCAUCAUUCACCGCUUUUUGAUGACAAGGCGAAGGCGGACUCGGAGUGGACGGUGGGUUCAGCGGUCAGAAAGGUCAAUCAGCGGGUCUGUGAGUGCCACACUCUUAACUGUAACUGCAUGUGCACCCGGGUGGAGGGCGGUUCUCAGUGCUCGCCUAAGAGUACUAUGGAAUACACAUUGAGAAGGAGUCUUCGCAACCUGGUCAGCAGUUCCGCGUCGGGUCGAGUCACCCAGUCGGCAACGACUGCCAACCCGCUGCGAUAG